AUGAAGUACUCUUUCGCCAUCGCCCUCAGCACCCUCGUGCUCGGCAUCACCGCCGCCCCCGCUGCCAACGGUGCCGCUCAGGGCAACGCCAUCGCCCACGCUGAGCGCGGCUACUUCGACUUCCUCCACCACGCCGCCCGCGCCGAGAAGCCCACCAAGACCAAGUCCUCCAAGGCGGCUAAGAAGACCAAGCACUCCACCAAGACCCGCCACCCCGGCUCCAUCAUCACCUCCGCCCCCGGCGCCCCCGGCAACGGCACCAACAGCCAGUUCGAGAUCCGCGCCAGCAACGGCACCGCCGCCGCCGGUCUCCCCGCCUCCUCCGGCACCUCAGUCCUCAAGGCCGCCCAGACCGUCGCCGCUGGCGCCUCCUUCGAUGGUGGCAUGAAGGCUUUCGACCGUGGUGUCUCCUGCACUGGCCAGGCCGAAGGCGACGACUCUGACGCUGUCUUCAUCCUCGAGAAGGGCGCCAAGCUCUCCAACGUCAUCAUCGGACCCAACCAGAUCGAGGGCGUCCACUGCAACGGUGGCUGCACUCUCGACAAUGUCUGGUGGGCCGCCGUCUGCGAGGAUGCCUUCACCAUCAAGAAACAGGAUGCCGGCGAAACCACUACCAUCACCUCCGGCGGAGCCUUCGGGGCUGAGGACAAGGUUCUUCAGCACAACGGCGCCGGUACCCUCUCCGUCAGCGGAUUCACCGUCGAGACCUUUGGCAAGCUGUACCGCAGCUGCGGCAACUGCAAGUCCUCGUACGAGCGCCACGUCAUUCUCGACAACAUCAACGCCUCUUCUGGAAAGCUCCUUGCUGGCAUCAACUCCAACUUUGGUGACACUGCUACCUUCACCAACAUCGUCGCCAAGAGCGUCACGGAGGUCUGCACUGAGUUCAAGGGUACCACCCCCGGCAACGAGCCCACGGAGAUCUCCAGCGGUCCCUCUACUGCCUGCAAGUACGCCACCUCUGACAUCCAGAGCUCUUAA